UUCUUCUUCAUUCUCAUUUCUCAUAUCUCUCAUAUUUCCUCUUUCUGUUUCAUAGAACUUUCAUUUCAUCAUGGCUGUUGAAUCUGAAAUCCUUUUGGAACCACCUUCUUCUGUUGAUGAAAAGAGCUUAAACAAAGCUCUUGAAUUCAUUGAAGAAAUGACAAAAAACACUGACUCAGUUCAAGAAAGAGUUCUCUCUGAAAUUCUUGAACAAAACGCAGAAACUGAAUACUUGAAACGAUUUGGACUUAACGGUGCCACUGACCGUGAAACCUUCAAAUCCAAAGUUGCAGUUAUCACCUAUGAAGAUCUUUUACCUGAUAUUCAACGCAUUGCUAACGGUGACCGUUCUCCUAUCUUGUCUGCUCAUCCAAUCUCAGAGUUUCUGACCAGUUCAGGAACAUCUGCUGGUGAAAGAAAAUUGAUGCCAACUAUUCAUCAAGAAAUGGACCGUCGUCAGUUAUUGUACAGCCUACUCAUGCCAGUGAUGAACCAAUAUGUUCCUGAUUUGGACAAAGGAAAAGCACUUCACUUUCUUUUCAUCAAAGCAGAAACAAAAACUCCAAGUGGGUUAGUGGCACGUCCAGUUCUAACAGCCUACUACAAAAGUGAACAGUUUAAGAAAAGACCAUUUGACCCUUACAAUGUGUUAACAAGUCCAGAUGAAGCUAUCCUUUGUCCUGAUUCAUUUCAAAGCAUGUAUACUCAGAUGCUUUGUGGCCUAAUCAUGCGCCAUGAAGUUCUUCGAGUCGGAGCAGUUUUCGCUUCCGGGCUUCUCAGAGCCAUUAGGUUCCUUCAGCUGAAUUGGGCUGAAUUAGUCCAUGACAUUGAAACAGGAACCCUAAACCCAAAAAUCACUGAUCCUUCUAUCAAACAGUGCAUGUCGAAAAUACUUAAACCGAAUCCUGAACUCGCGAAAUUCGUUACAAAAGAAUGUUCAGGAGACAAUUGGGAACGUAUAAUCCCAAGAAUCUGGCCUAACACAAAGUAUCUUGAAGUUAUUGUCACUGGUGCUAUGGCUCAGUACAUUCCUACCCUUGAUUAUUACAGUGGUAACCUUCCAAAACCAUGUACAAUGUAUGCUUCAUCUGAAUGUUAUUUUGGUCUUAACCUUAAGCCUAUGACAGAACCAAAUGAAGUUUCUUACACCAUUAUGCCAAACAUGGGUUACUUUGAAUUUUUACCACAUGAUGAUUCAUCACCUAUAACCCUCUCACGUGACUCACCUCCAAAGCUAGUAGACCUUGCUGAUGUCCAAAUUGGUAAAUUUUAUGAGCUUGUAAUCACAACUUAUUCCGGUUUUUGCCGUUACAGAGUUGGUGAUAUUCUUCAAGUCAAUGGAUUCCAUAAUUCUGAUCCUCAGUUCAAAUUCGUGAGGCGAAAGAACGUGUUGUUGAGUAUCGAUUCGGAUAAAACAGACGAAUCGGAGCUUCAAAAAGCUAUUGAAAAUGCGUCUGCAUUGUUAAAGGAGUUCAAAACAAGUGUUGUUGAAUACACUAGUUUUGCUGAAACAAAAUCAAUUCCUGGACAUUAUGUUAUUUAUUGGGAGCUUUUGAUGAAGGAUUCCUCUUGUCCUCCAACUGAUGAAGUGUUGAAUCAAUGUUGUUUGGUUAUGGAAGAGUCUUUGAAUUCUGUUUAUAGACAAGGAAGAGUUGCUGAUAAUUCAAUUGGGCCAUUAGAGAUUCGUGUGGUGAAAAAUGGCACGUUUGAGGAACUAAUGGAUUAUGCAAUAUCGCGUGGUGCAAGUAUCAAUCAGUAUAAAGUUCCUAGGUGCGUGAGUUUCACUCCUAUAAUGGAACUUCUUGACUCUAGGGUGGUAUCAGUUCAUUUUAGUCCUUCUCUACCUCAUUGGACUUCAGAACGACGUCGUUGAAGGGUUGUGUAAUAACGUGUUUAGCAUGCAGCAUGCAUAGCACGAGUUCUUUAUAAUAAUGAUAGUAAUAGUAAUAAUAAAAAGCAAAAUGGGAAAUUUGCUAGAUGGAUGUAAGAUAAAUGUGUUAAGUGUAGUUAAGUUCUUAUGAUCUUUAUAAGAUCUAAGAUUAUGAUUAAGUAUUUCGUGUAAUUUUUGUUGAUUUGAUAUUUCAAAAGUAUGUUCCCUAUU